AUGAUGGCAUGUUCUCGGUCAUGUUCCCGCAUCCUGGGGGUCAGCCUUGGCCUUUCAGCCCAGCUUGCUGCUGGGGCCAACCUUGCUCUAUUCUUUCCUGACUGGGAAGUGACCUCUCUGAAGAAUGGCCUUAUAGGCAAGCAUGCUCUGAGGGGCUCAGGCCUUUGGGGAGGGGGCCUGAUGGUGCUCUUGGCAUCCAUUCUCAUCUCACUGAUAGGCUGGCGUCGGGGCUGCUUCAGGAACAGUGGGCCCUGCAAAAGUAUGCUUGUUUCUAUGCUGGCAAGUUGCCUGGCUUUUUUGGGAGCCUUUGUUUGCUUUAUCACAUCUGGGGCAGCCCUGAAGAAUGGUCCUUUCUGCAGGUUUGGUGUUUCCUCGUCCAACAAGACCCAAGCCUCCAAGUACGGCUAUCCGUUUAAAGACCUGAAUGACAGGAACUACCUUUAUGACCAUUUCCUAUGGGAUUCAGUCUGUAUUGAGCCUUCUAGAGCUGUCAUCUGGCAUGUAACUUUCUUCUCCACGCUCCUGGGUGUCAGCGUUCUCCAGAUUAUCCUGGUAUUAGUCCAAUUAAUCAACAGUUUCUUGGGUCUCUUUUGUGGCUUCUUUGAGAAGAGAGAGAUUCAGAAAGCUCUAAUUCAGUGGGGACUUCUAGAAGAAUAUCCAGGAGAUUUCCAAACAUUGGUGCUGAAGAAUGGAGUCUGGAACACUCACCCUUUUAUAACCUAUGGCAAAGUGGGCAGAGCUUUUUAG